AUGAAAAGAAAGGUUGACCGCGAAUGCCGUGUAUUCAAUAAAUUAUGGGAAUUGAAGUAUUUUUUUGCGAAAGAUGAAUUAAAGCAGAAAGCUUAUUGUUUAAUAUGCCACGAACAUCUCUCUGUUAUGAAGGAGUAUAACAUUCGACGUCAUUAUGAAACGAAUCAUGCUCCGAUAUAUUCCAAGUACACUGGAAAGCUACGUGAGGAUAAAGUUGAAUCACUGAAACGCACUUUACAAAUUCAACAAGGCCUUAUAAAAAAAAAUUUUGAAAAUAAUGAAAAUGUAACAAGAGCUGGAUACGAGAUAACGAAAAUUAUUUCACAACACGGGAAACCCUUUAGUGAUGGGAUGUAUAUCAAAAAUUGCAUUAUUGAAGCAGUUAAUUGUUUGUGCCCACUAAAUUCUUCCUUAUUUGAUGGAAUAAGUUUGUCGGCGAGUUCUGUAUCACGGAGAACUGAAGAGCUUGGAAAAAUAUAUAUUUACAAAUUUGUGAAAAGACAAGUAAUAUGUUGUGGUAUUCUCUUGCAUUGGAUGAGUCAGUUGACAUUUCGGGAACAUCGCAACUUCUUAUUUAUUCGUGGAGUUGAUGAGAAUAUUUCCAUAACUGAAGAACUGGCAUCUGUUUGUUCUAUUCAUGGAACAACCACUGGAAAAGAUAUUUUUGAUGAAUUGGAACAAACUAUAAGUGACUAUAACCUUGAAUGGGAGAAACUGAGUUGUGUUACGAUUGACGGGGCAAAGAAUAUGGCUGGUUCUAAAAAGGGUCUAGUUGGGCAAAUAACUAAUAAAUUGGAGGAAUUACAUAUUUCAAACACUUUGUUCAUUCAUUGCAUCCUUCAUCAGCACGCACUAUGUGCGAAGGCUCUUAAUAUUUCAUGUGUGUUGAAUCCAGUUAUUCGCAUAAUAAACUUUGUUCGAGGGAGCUCACUUAAUCACCGUCAGUUUAAAGUUUUACUUGACGAUUUUGGAUCUGAAUAUUUUGACUUACCAUAUUACACUGCAGUUAGAUGGCUUAGCUGUGGUAAUGUAUUAAAUAGAUUUUAUAAACUCCGAAGUGAGAUUGAUAUUUUUCUAACCAGUAAAAAUAACUAUUAUCCCGAAUUAUCAGAUCUUGCUUGGCUAUCAAAAUUAUCAUUUUUGGUUGAUGUUACAACUCACAUGAAUGAGCUAAAUCUGAAAUUACAAGGAAAGGAAAACUUAAUUUGUGAUUUCUACAGGAUAAUUAAAGCAUUUCGACACAAAAUUGAUGUUAUUCGAGUCACAACUUGGAGUACGUCAGUUUUCACACUUUUCUUGUUUUAA